AUGCACAAAGCCAUCAACAGCAUCUUCAAGAAGCCUGAGAGUCUGUUUACGCGAGUCCGCGUCCGGGACGUGCUGUUCGACGGGCUGCCGAUCGACUGCAACGUCACCGACACCGCAGGCACCGCCGUCUGCAAUCAGAUACAAAAAAGUCACGACGAGUACAACAUGAGACGCCUGUCCGACACGAUGUUUUCCUUCUCGAUUUUCGGCUCGAUGAACGCGACCGACAGCAGACAGCGCAGUCGGGUCUAUCGAGGCCUCAGAAACAUCCAGGACGUCGGCCGAGUCACGGAGUACGCGGGAAAGCGCGACAUCGGCGUCCGGGGCGACGGCUACUGCGAUCGAUUUCGCGGCACCGACGGCACCGUCUUCCCCCCUUACUACGACCCUCGGGGCCGCAACUCCGUCUUCGUCUACGUGCCGAGCUUCUGCCGCGAGGUGAACAUCAUCUACGAGGCCCCGAGCAAGUUGAAGGGCAUCGAGACCCCGAGGUACAGGACGGGAAAGAUCAAGUUGGCGAAAAAUUUUCCGGAGGCUCUGCUGCCUCUUUUCUGGCUGGAUGAGCACAUCAUCGUGCCCAAGUGGCUGAGGCGCGAGCUGCGCAUGACCCACUUUGCCUUGAAAUCGGUCAAAGUCAUCGUACAUUUGAUGAUAGUCGGUGGUUUGGGCUUGUUCGCUUACACCUUUUACAAGGAUUACCGGACGACGAAGUUCAGCGCGAAAAAAGUCACGUCGACAACGAGCAGUCAAAAGCGUUCUCCGAUGGAGGUAAAGACGAUGUUCGAAUCUGAUCAGGAAAAGACGCAAGAACUAGCGGUAAGCUUGCAGAAGCCAACCUUCGUAAUACCGACGCCAAUGAAGUGA